GUGCCUCAGCGAGAUUUGGUUCUCGCCGCGCGGCAGCGCGCACCGGGACACGCUCACGGAUUGCGGAGCGGGCGGCGCCGGCUGAGGAGGUCGGAGGUGUCCCCCCCCUCCCCGGGAUGUGGAAGCUGGUGUCAGCGGCAGGGCCCGCGCCUGCCCCAGCAGAGCCAUAUCGACUUUUGGUUGGUACUGAGUAUGUUGUUGGACGCAAGAACUGUGCAAUUUUAAUUCAGGAUGAUCAGUCGAUCAGUCGAAGUCAUGCAGUUCUGACGGUCACCCACCCUGAAACUAACCUUAGUCAAGCUCUCUCAGUCCCUGAAUUGAUAAUACAAGACACCUCUAAGUAUGGUACCUUUGUUAAUGGAGAAAAAGUUUUGAAUGGUACUUCCAGAACUCUGAAGUCUGGUGAUAGAGUCAAUUUUGGAGUCUUUGAAAGCAAGUUCAGAUUUGACAAAAUGCAAAGAAGGUACCAAUACAUUUAUAUAGAUAAGACCAUGUCUGCACUACAAAAUUUGGCUGACUCAAGCUACUUCGACAUAAAGCUAUUAAGCAAUGUACCAGCCACCUCAACAGCACCAAGACAAAGAUUCAACUACAUUUAUAACUAUUACACUGAAUUUCUGUGUUUAUUACACUAUGAGUUCUGUCACACUAUACAAGAACAAACUAUAUGUGCUUUGAUUUGCAAUCGACCAAUUAUAAAGCCAGAGUACUUUGCGGAAUGUAUCCGAGCCAUUCAAUCCAAGCAGCAGUUGCCAAAACUGGAAAGUUUUUAUCCUCCAGUUGAUGAGCCUGCUAUUGGCCCUGAAAAAUUGGAUCUGUCUAUGCGUCAUGAAAGAAAAAUUAUCUUCAGAGGCAAAACCUUUCUGUUCCUAAGUGCUAAACAGCAUAAGAAACUGAGUCCAGCAAUUAUUCUUGGAGGGGGAGAAGCAAAACUGUUGCCAGAGAGAAUAAAAGAAACUUCUUUACUGUUAGCUCCUGAAGUUUGUGUCAUUGAUGCAGGAUUAACUAACUCACAGGUCCCAAUGUCUGACUCAGUGAGAAAUUGGAUUGAUUCCAUUAUCACCGUGUUACAAAGCAAGAAUCUCAGAACCAUUCCAGAAGCAGAAAUUGGAUUAGCAGUUAUCUUCAUAUCUAUGGAAAGAUAUUGUAACCCUCAAAACCAGCCUGGCAUACCUAAACAGCCAGUUAGUCCAGGAUCAGCUAUUCUGCAUCCAACCCUUUCUCAGAGUUCAACUGUAGAUGAGUCCAUAAUGCCUGUUACUACAAGUGAUAGAGCAUAUGUAGCUGACACAGAACCAGAAGAACCAUGUAUGGAGAUAAGCGGAGAGAAGACAGAGAAAACUCCCAAAAUGGAUCGAAGAGACAAAAUGUAUUCACAGAAUAUAACCAGUGUAAAGGAGACUCCCAGCACUAGUGGCAGUGUAAAUACAGGGACGGUAUUACCCAGGAUGCAUAGAACGCUUGUGGUUGACCAAAAAAGUCAACCCCUCUCACCCUCUAAAAUUUUAGGAGUUAAUAGAAAUAGAGAGAGAGCUUCACAGCAAGAGUCUAACUCCAUUAAACAUUACUUCCAGGCAGCUCCAAAGAAAAGGGAAAGGAUUGAAGAGGGAGAAACAUCUGUACCUAAACUGGCAAAGAUGGAGGAAAAAUCAUCUCAUCUUUCCAGUCAAACCCAACCCACAACUUCCUUGAUGUGGAAAAGUAAAGUGGAACAGACUCAAAAGGAACAAUUUACCUUGGAUCUGAAAACAAACCUUUCACCUGUAGAUACAAGCCUAAAGCUUGCAAUAGAAAGUAGCAAAUCAGAGAAAGAUAAAACUGUUACUAAAAAUGUUUCCAGUGAAAAGCCUGCAUCAAAGAAGAGAAAAGAGUUAGGUGAUUUAGUUGAGGAUGCAGCUACACUAGAGCUUGUGUUUGGGAGCAAAGAGCUGGAUUGGGAAGCUGAAAUGGGGGAUUGUGGUGAGGAGCAUGGAACCAAUAUGCAGAAAAAAAGACGUUUGGAAACGAAGGGGAAAAGGAUUGAAGAAGAAAAUGUAAUUCAAGAAGAAGCCAAUAGGAUAUUGCAGGAAAAUGAACUUGGCACUGUUCCAACUUCAAAGAAGAAAAUUGAGAUUAAGCAAGAAUCAUCAGUUUUGAACACUGACGGACUUCAAGAUGUCUCCAGCAAUCUGCCCAGCAGACUCUUGUUGACUGAAUUUAGAUCACUGGUUGUUAGCCAUCCAAGGCCAAAUAGUCUUGUUGCUGCACAAAUCAAUUAUAAGCAACUGAACAACUUUAAGAAAUUCAAAAAGGUACCUUAUCCUGGAGCAGGACAACUUCCACAUAUUAUUGGAGGAUCAGAUCUGAUAGGUCAUCAUGCCAAAAAGAAUUCACAGUUGGAAGAAUGGUUAAGGCAGGAAAUGGAGGAACAGAAUCGGCAUGCAAGAGAGGAAUCACUCGCUGAUGAUCUCUUUAGAUAUGAUCCUAAUGUGAAAAGGAGAAGAUAAAUUCUCUUGAAUUUACAAUGAACCUACAGCAAAAUCAUCUUGAGACCAUGGUUGCUGGUUCCAGUGUACAAUAUAUACAGGAGGUUUAAAUUCUCUUGUUGUAAUAAUUGUUUUAAGUCCUGCUUUUAUUAAAGGAAAACAGAAUCA